AUGGAACCUAUCGGCCUCGCCAUUGGAGUCGUCGGGCUUGUCGGUCUCUUCAGCUCAUGCUUAGAAGCCGCAGACAAGGUGCAGGCCUACCUGUCAUUCGGGACGGAAUCUGGUGUGCUGGACGCUAGAUUCAGGGCUACCAAGGUCCUUCUUGAGAAAUGGGGCCGACGUGUGGGACUUGAAAAAACAACUCUGGCAGAAGACCAUCAUCCCGCUCUCGACGACCGCGAUAUAGCGGCGGCAGUAGAGGAUGUUCUCCGGAUCAUCAAUACCAUAUGCGAGCCGAGCAACCAGUCCAUACCGCAGUCAAAACUGACCCCUUCGCUCGUCGACGGGGUUUCCUUAGGAUCCAUUGGGCCCCCGUCGCUUCAUGGUAUGAGGAGACGGAAGCUGACUUGGGCCCUCUGGGGCAAGGGAAAGCGGACAGAUCAAGUCGAGCUGCUCGAGACUCUCGUGCAGCAGCUGAAUAACUUAGUGCCUCCCGAUGCAACUGACAUGCUAUCUUCUGGGAAGGCCCCGGGUCAUGCUUCGCUCGCGGAGCUACAGCGAAUCUUGGCGCGAAUCGAGGAGACGCGACGAGAAGUCUACUCCUGGCUUGAUCGCUCAAUCCCCAACGAGCACUAUGACGACUCCAUCCAGAAGAAGCUAGUCGGCACUUGCGAUUGGAUCUUCGAACGGGUCGUGUUCCAGAACUGGCUGAGUUCUGAAUUCACAGUUGGCGCGAAGCUGCUGUGGAUUAACGGACCAGCAGGAUUUGGCAAGACUAUUAUCUGUGCAAACAUCGUGGACCACCUCGUGCCCACUCUUAUGACACCCGUGGCCCAUUUCUUCUUCUCAUCCGAGCUCGAGAACCGUGAGGAUCCUUUCCUGGCUAUACGGUCAUGGAUUUCCCAGAUCGCCUCGCAGCACGAACCCGCAUACAAGCACGUCCGUCGGGUUUGGGAGCAGGACUUAGAUUUCGUCUCAACACGCUUGACUGCCAUCUCUCUCUUCGCACAGCUUCUCCACAUUGUUCCUAACUGCACACUCAUUGCUGAUGGUCUGGAUGAAUGUACCCACUUGGACGACAGCAAUGCUUCGGUUGCCAAAUUCCUUCGUAUCGUCGCAGGCGCAGUUGAUGGGACUAACACUAGAGUUCUCGUCGUCAGCCGUGAUGAGCCCCAGAUCCGCCACGCUAUCACAGAUAACGCACUCUGGAGCUUCGACGAAUACAAGAUAUCGCGCCAUGAUGUUCGAUCCGAUACGGCCGCCUAUUCUAGGCAUAUCAUCAACAGGAAGCUCCCAAACAAGAAUGACGUUGUCCGGUCGACCCUCUCCGAAGCGAUGGCUGAUCGAUGUGAAGGCCAGUUCCUCUGGUUGAAGAUGCAGGAGGAGUCCCUGAGGAAAGGGUUGAAUAUGAAGCAACUCCGUCGCGCUAUCGAAGAGACCCCGGCUGGGCUUCACGGAUUGUACGACCGAAACUGGAGUAGAAUUAAAAACUGCCGAGACCGUGAGAGGAUCUUCUCCCUGUUGCGCUGGGCUGCGUUCGCACUACGUCCACUGACAGUCUGCGAAAUUACCGAGGCGGUUCUCAUCACUGAUUCGGACGACCUUCCGGUAGAUGAUCUGCCUGACACUGUGGAUGGUGACUAUGUCGACAGCGAGAUAGUUGAUCUCUGCGGCCCCCUCAUCCAGGUCAGGCGCCAGAAGUCGGACGGCUCUGCAGGCCAGCAGACGGUGCACCUGGCGCACUUUUCCGUCAGGCAGUUCCUGCUUGUUAACCUCCCAACACCAGGCUGGAUAUCAGAGAACGAGCGCUUGCGAGCCAACUACCAAAACACUCUACUCGCCAGAGCCUGCCUUUACUACAUCAACUUCGAGCGUGUCUGGCAGGAAAUCACAGAUCACGCAUCUUCUCUCGGCACGGCGCUCCGCAACUAUGCAGCAGGGGCUUGGCAUCAUCAUUUCAAGUCUGGUAUAUGCAGCGACGAGGAAAUGUUGACCCUUGCCAUCCGAUUCUUUGACAGAAGCAGUAAGACCUGG